CCGUUACGGUCCCUCUUGCUCGUUCUUCCCGGCACACAAGAAGCGACUAGACUGUGAAACUGACAAAAGCACGGCGCCAUAUUUGCGAGCUUGUGUUUGGUUAGCGUUUCUGGCGCGUGGCGAAGAAGUUGUUGUAAUUUAAUUGAUAACGAUGUCCGACAAUCAGGAACAAAAACCCGAAGCCGGCCCGGGAGACGCGAAUUCAGAGUACAUCAAGCUCAAAGUCGUCGGAAACGACAGCAACGAAAUUCACUUUAGGGUAAAGAUGACUACUCAGAUGGGAAAGCUGAAGAAGUCCUAUAGUGAUCGCGUGGGUGUACCUAUGACAUCGCUUAGGUUUCUCUUUGACGGUAAAAGAAUCAAUGAUGAUGAAACACCAAAGCAGCUGGAGAUGGAGAAUGAUGAUGUCAUUGAAGUAUAUCAAGAACAAACAGGUGGGCGUUAACUAAGUUAGGAAGAGGAGGAUCCAUUUCGUUUAAUAUUUUAUAAAGUGAAGUGACUAUUGUAACAAAAAAUGGACAAGUUUCUAAGUAUACACAACACACACACACACUCACUCACUCACUCACUCACUCACUCACUCACUCACUCACUCACUCACUCACUCACACAUAAUAUAUACAUACAUACGGAUGAUUAAAUAAGAUGUAAUUUCCUGAUUCACGUACGAUAUUGUAAAAUGUGCUGUAUUUGUUUACAUUCCUGUACCGAGGUGAAUUAUCAUCCGGGGAGAUUGGAUAACGAAUCCCUGGAUUGUUUUGUAAAACAUAUGGGCGGUCAUGUCUCAAUAUUACGUACUGUGUCCGUUUUCGUGUGCGCCGUCAGGGCAAUUCUCAGAAAUAGAUUAAUUGAAUUGUGCGCCAUUACAAAUACGUUGACAUUCGCAAGCUCCUUCGAUCUUGUCCCCGGAAAUCUCACAUUUUUCUUUAUUCUUUUUCCCCUUUAUACGUUUGAAUACAGGAAAUGAUGUGUAUAUGAAAUAACGAAAUUGUUACGUUUAAGAUACAAUAAAAGUAGUGAUUGUAAAACUUUUCUUUUUGUACGAUUACAAUAAUGAAAAGUUGAUAUCUUGCACUUAAACUCGGGAGCAUAUAAAAUUGGCAUAGUUUAUUUUAUUCUUUUUAAAAGCUUUGCAAUAUUUUUAACUUUUGUUAAUCAUAAACCAUAAUAUACAUUUUGAUAUAAUAGAUAUAAAUGCUCUUCAGAGAAAUUCGUUAUCGCUCAUUCUCAGAUAAUUUUCUUCCUCAACCGUAAUGUUGCUUAUCUUUGCAAUAAAAAUACCAAAUUUAUAUGUAGAAGCAUAUGAUAUAAAAACCAUGUAUCUCAAAUUUAUAAAAUAAAUAUCGAAAAAAA